CCUCACCCAUUUGAGUAACGUGAGAACAUCGAGUCUGUCUUUCGUCUCACAAUGAUUUACAAUGCCUUAUUAUCACUAGCAGCAUUUAUGUUUUGUCUGAGUCUUUUCCUGGUGCACAGAGCCAGUCUUUUAGAAAAUGAUUUUCGCAAACUCCAAGGGGAGAUAAUUCUACAAUUAAAUCAGCCACGUUCUGAGGGAGUCAAUGGGAAAAUGGCCAAGAUGUCUAAAACAAGAGAGGACAUAAAGCCAAGUACUUUUCAAAAAGCUCAGAGUUCUUCCAGGAGAGUGAAACGGCAACAGGGCAGCUGCAGAGCUCCAACAUCAUUCCUGCAUUUAACAGCUAACACUAACAAACAGCCAGAUAUAAGAGGAAAUAUAACAGUGAUCCCUUGGACUGUUUCUGCCCAACAAGGAAAUGCAAUUUCACAAAAGGAAAACAGAAUUGUUGUCCAAGAAGAUGGAUAUUACUUGGUGUUUGGACAAGUAUGGUGUCACUGUAACUCAAGCAUAACUAAAUUGAAAUUAGAUCUGAUUUGUUCCAACUGUUCCGCUAAUGUUCUGCUAAAUCCACAGGUUUUGUUCAAAAGCCCAAGUACAGUUAUGGGUCAUAUCAUUCAAAGUUUGGGUUCCACUAGAACGAGGACGACAUCAACAGAGCUCUUGCGCUGCCUGCAGGAGAUGCCCGAUGAAGCUCCGGCCAAUACGUGCUACACUGCAGGCAUUGUGCAGCUGCAUCAGGAUGAUGAGCUUGAAUUGGUGGUACCCUACAGGCCCCAUGCACUCAUCUCUAUGGACGCACAGUUUACAUUUUUUGGUGUCAUACAGCUAAACUGAAACAAGACAGUAUGAAGAUGAUAAGCAUGCAGCUUGUUUCUGCAGGAUGUAAACUGACACUGAGCUGUGUGAAGGGAUGCUGAUAAAGGACCGAGUGACUGACAGGAGGAGGAAAACUGUAGGGACUCUUUUAAUGAUGGUCCCAUCUUUACUACUCUUAAAUAAAAGCCUUUAACUGUAAAGCUUCAUGGUGUAUCUUUCAGGUAGUCCGCCUGGACUGUCCCCGAGCAUUGUUUAUGUGUGCCUCCGCCUCCUUUCAACAGUCUAUUUUAACACGUCUCCACCUCAUCUGUUUAUUUGUUCCUCUCGCCUAUUUUAGAAUGGUUUCCGUUUAGGAACAAACAAAGGUAAACAUUUAUAUCGCUCUGCUCUGGGGGUGUUUUCCUGUUAGACACAAACUGCUCAAUGCUGUAAAUACUUAAAGAUAUCAUGAUGACUUUUUAGUUGUUAUAAAUGGGAUAACAUGACUGAAAUGCCUAUAUGCCUGUAUUCACGGUAAAGGGUUAAGGCUC